AGCUGCUAGGGUGGUCGCAACCUCGUGGGCCGCCCUUCUCCCUAAUUAUUAUUAAUUUUUACAAAAUAGGCGGUUUUCACGCUUUAAAUAAAAUAAAAUAAAAACUCGAACUAGCCGACGCCAGCGAGCGAUGGGUCGAUAACGAAAAAAAUAAAAUAAAAUAAAAAACCUUCAGCUCAGACAGAAGAAGAAAAAAGCUGCAAACUGAAAGGAAAAGAAGGAAAUUAAAAAAAAAAGAGGAGGGAAGAAGAGAGAAAUGGAGUCUACGGAGUUGUCUUACUUGUCAUCACCAGAGGCGGCGAGGAAGGGAUCUCCGCCGCCGCCUAAAUCGCCGAGUUCUGAAAAUGCGGAGAAGCCUACAUAUAUUAGGUUUCUUGUCUCCAAUGCUGCAGCUGGUUCUGUAAUUGGAAAGGGUGGUUCAACAAUUACUGAAUUUCAGUCAAAAUCAGGAGCUCGAAUUCAGUUGUCACGCAAUCAUGAAUUUUUCCCAGGAACAUCAGACAGGAUUAUUAUGGUCUCUGGAACAAUUGAUGAAGUACUCAAAGCUAUGGAGCUUAUGCAUGCAAAAUUAUUGAAUGAGCUUAACAUUGAAGAUAAUGAUGAUGUUGAACCAAGAACAAAAGUGAGGCUAAUUGUUCCCAAUAGCUCUUGUGGCAGCAUAAUUGGGAAAGGAGGGGCUACCAUAAAGUCAUUUAUUGAAGACUCCCAAGCUGGCAUUAAGAUAUCUCCACAGGAUAAUAAUUUUUAUGGCUUGAAUGAUAGGCUUGUGACCCUGACCGGCACUCUAGAUGAGCAAAUGCGAGCAAUUGAUUUGAUUUUGUCCAAGCUUUGUGAAGACCCUCAUUACUCACAAGCUAUGUAUGCCCCAUUUUCAUAUGCAGCAACUUACAAUUCAAUGGGCUAUGCACCAAAUGGAACUGGGGGAACGUUUCAGAAUCACAAGGAGGAUCGUAGCAACUCUGUCACGAUUGGUGUUUCAGAUGAGCAUAUCGGGCUGGUUCUUGGUCGUGGUGGAAGGAAUAUCAUGGAAAUUAGUCAGGUAAGCGGGGCCAGGAUAAAAAUAUCGGAUAGAGGUGAUUUCAUGUCUGGAACCACAGAUAGGAAAGUCACAAUCACAGGAUCACAGAGGGCAAUCCGUCAAGCUGAGUCCAUGAUAAUGCAGAAGGUAGCAUACGCCACUGAGAGGGUGGUGGAUUAGUUUUCCAGUUAUCAGAACCAUUCUUGUCGGAGUCUAUUGCUGAAACAGCUUACAACUACCUCAUAUAGUUUGACUAGAAACAUAUCCACAUUCAUUGGGACGCCAUGAGUUGACAAAGCUUGGAGUACGACGGUAGCAGCAAGAACGGGAAAUUUUUAUCAAGCAGAGCUCUUAUUAGGUAUUCUUCGGAACAUGCGAUCUGAAUUUUUUUAUUUAAAAAGGGGAAAAAGAUGUUGGAAUUGGCUAUAUCAUUGCUUGAAUGAGAAUUUGAAUUAGUAUCAUUUUCUUUUGAUUUUAUAAUUGUAACAGCUUGCUGUUGUUUACUUCUGGUAUAUUAUCUUGUAGGGUGCUUCACUAUUGAACAUCUGAAUUAUAAUUUUGGGAGGAUACCUUUUCUUUUUUUUUACCUUAAAUUUAUGCAACUUUGAGUUGCAUCAAAUUAUAUGCUCGUUCAUUGAUGAUUGCCUUUCUUUGCUCUUUUAUAAAACUUGUAAAGCAUUAGGGGUGUAGUUGAGUUGAAACAUUGCGUGGCUCAAGCGCAGUUCCAUUCAAAAAAAUAAGGCUCAAAGUGCAGCUCAAGCUUGAUUGAGCUUAUUUUUUAUAUUCAAGGUCGACUCCUAAGUUUCUAAGUUGCUUGAGCCACUCAAGUAUGGCUCGAUUAAGCUCAAUAAAAUUGUAAAGGUAAAACA